AUGGAGAAAAAGGAUGAAAAUUUUGAAGAUUUUUUCCAAAAAUUACCACAAAAGGAUGCAAGCGGCAGUGUGAUAGCUCAAUACAAAGGCUUUUGGUUUGAUGCUGGUUUGCUUCAUGGUACAAUAACAUUCCAUGAUCAUUUCAAAGCCAAUGAUUCGGACAUCAUAUUAGCCACCAUGCCUAAAUCAGGUACCACAUGGUUAAAAGCCCUAACCUUUAGUAUCAUUAACCGGAAAAUAUACUCAAAUAUUCUGGAUAGUCCUCUGCUCUUCAACAAUCCGCAUCAACUUAUACCCUUUCUCGAAACCCAUCUUUACGAAGAAGGCAAAGUUCCUGAUAUAAACUCCAUCCCAAGCCCGCAUAUUUUCUCGACGCAUAUACCUUAUCAGUGCCUUCCAAACACGAUCUUAGUUGAUUCCGGUUGUCGGGUCAUCUAUAUUUGUAGAAACGCUUUGGAAAUAUUUACUUCAAUGCGAUAUUUCACAUUGCAAAAUGGUUGGGUGCGGCCGGAUUCCAUGUACACUGAUGGUGCUUAUGAAUUAUUUUGUGAAGGUACUACUCAAUAUGGUCCAUUCUGGGAUCAUGAUUUGGGUUAUUGGGAAGCAAGCUUAAAAAAUCCUAAGAAAAUUUUGUUCUUGAAAUAUGAAGAUCUUAAGAAGGAUGUCAUUUCUUGCAUGAAGAAACUGGCUGAGUUCUUGGGAUGUGGGUUUUCACCACAGGAAGAGAGUGAAGGGAAGGGAGAAAUUGGAGAUUGUGUCAAUUUUCUUACUCCUUCCAUGGCUGAACACCUUGAGAGCGUGAUGAAAGAAAAGUUUAAGGAAUCUGGUUUGAGUCUUUGUAUUCAUGGCUAA